CUCUUCAAAACUUUCCAGAACGUUGGAAGCUCAAGUAGAAGAAAUGGAAGCCCUGAACGCACUUGGAGUGAAACCGAUACCAAUUCUCUCCAACCAAACAGACCCCAACAAGACUCCCACAUCUCUCACCCUUUCUCCCUCCAAGAAUCAAUCUUUCCCAAAAUGCACCACCACAAAUCACUCAACCUCCGCUCAAAGAGCUCUCGGCGCCGGCUUAGCUCUGCUCUCUUCGCUCCUCACCUCCGCCUCAGCUGAAGCGCUGCAGCAGCAGCAGCCCGAUUUCGAUGUCGGCGGAGUAAUUGACGGCGUGAUCCGUUUCGCCGCCGAGAAUCCCAUAAUCGCCGGCGGCGGGGCGGCGGUUGUGGCGGUGCCGUUGGUGGUCGCUCAGAUUCUCCGCAAUACGCAGCGGUGGGGAGUGGAGAGCGCGAAGGCGGCCUAUGCCAAAUUGGGGGACGAUGCUGAUGCUCAGCUGCUUGAUAUAAGAUCGACGGCCGAGAUCAAGCAGACGGGAAGCCCCAAUCUCAGAGGCCUUAAAAAGAAGGCGGUGGCGGUUCCGUUCAACCGCGAUGACAAGCUGGGGUUCUUGAACAAGCUGAAUAUCAAGUUCAAGGAGCCACAGACUACCACAUUGUUUGUAUUGGACAAAUUUGAUGGGAAUGCUGAGAUUGUGGCGGAGCUGGUGGCGUCUAACGGCUUCAAAGCCGCGUACGCAAUCAAAGAUGGUGCGGAAGGAUCAAGAGGAUGGGUGAAUAGCGGCCUCCCUUGGAUAGUUCCGACGUUUGAUAUCACUAGUGUCAUUGAUACUUUUGGGGAGGGUGUGCCUGUGGCACUUGGCAUUGCUGCAGCUGCUGCUGGUCUUGGUUUAUUUGCUUUUGCAGAGGCUGAAACAAUUCUCCAAGUUCUGGGUUCAGCUGCUCUUGUGCAGUUUGUCAGCAAGAAACUCCUAUUUGCAGAGGAUAGAAAGGUAACUAUCAAGCAAUUUGAAGAGCUUCUAAACACCAAGGUUGCUCCAAAGGAGCUCGUGGACGAUAUCCAGCAAAUUGGGAAGGCGAUUCUACCUACACUGCCCGCUAAUAACAAGGGCCUCCCGGAUCCUGCACUUGGUGAGCGCGAUGUCUUGAAAUCCGAGCCUGUCGUGGAGGCUACCGAUGUCUCACCUGAAGCCGAGCCAAACCCUAUACCUACUGCAGAAGUGAUAGAUUCUGUCCCGGAACAAGAAUCCCUCCCUACACUACCAAGGCCACUUUCGCCAUAUCCUAAUUAUCCUGAUUAUAAGCCUCCUUCAUCGCCCACACCAUCACCACCUUGAUGGUGCAAUUGCCACUAGUGGAAGCUCGGAUCAUCUUUCGACAUAUUAUGGUUAAUCCUGAGUACUAAAAAACACAUUCAUAGAUUUUUGUAGUUUUAUGUUUAGUAUUUCAUUUAACAUAUAAAUAUAUUUAAAUAUGAACUACUCUUAUUGUAUAACUAAAAUGAAAUCUUGGCUCA